AUGGCGGAUGAAUUGACUAAGAGGAAACCUAGGAAAACAGUAGUUGAACGCUAUUUUACUCGAAUCUAUAAAACAGGUUAGGCUACACUACUGUUAAGAAAGAAAUCCUAAAUGUCUAUAUGUUAUUUAGAAAAAGAUUUGGCGUUCUUUUGUUGUGAUUUAAUGUGUUUUUUUUUUCAUGCAAUUGCAGAUAUCAAGGGAAACCUUAGUGAAGAUCAGUGUGUUUUACAGCAUUCAAACAAGUAAGCAUUAUAAAGUGAUAGCUUUGUGGGCAUUUUAAAUUCACAAUUUUAAAUGACUCCAGUCUAUGCGUUCUAAUUAGUAGGUUUUGAAUUUUCUAGUUUGCCUGUUAUGAGGCCCUGCCGGGGGGAUGGUGGUGGUGGUAGGGGGGGCGUCCCAUAUAUGCAUGUUGCUUGUUUGAAUUUUGAAACGUCUCGUGUCGGUGUUUAUAAAUGCCUCAAGUCGCUGUCGGAAAUUGAACGAAAAUUGUUUGUCCUCAAACAUCCCGUUCGUGGAGAUGUAGCAUAAAAGUAAGCUAUGUGACAGACAACCUCGUUCUCAGGUCUCCUAGGAAUUGUGCAGGGUUGCAUAAAUGAAGUGUAACGCAACACAUGCUCAGGAGGAGUCCACUGAAGCUCACUGACAAGAUACGUUCUCUGAAGCGCAGGGGAAAUUGAUGGAAAUUACUUGUUCUUGGCAUUCAGACGGGGAUAAGCCAAACCACUGCUCUUUGUCACUUAUUCUCAGCUCUGCCGUCACUUUCGCAGUUUGGCUGAGAGACGUUGUCCCUUUUCACCAUUUCAUUUUACACUCUUUCGCAACUUUUUGGGUCAUGUCACUUGUCAAAAUUUACCCCGGCAGGACCUCUGUUAUUUGAAAGCAGAGUUAUAUAAAAGUAUGCCAAAAGUAGUUUAGAUGGUAAGGCACUGUGAAGUAAUGGUUUGACUCAUUUUAUUGAUUUGUUGAUAAUUCACCUGAUACUGACAUCAGGUAAACUGAAUUAAUUCUGUGCAAGUCAACAUCAAGUGAUAAAGUAACUGUAAGCUACAGGCAUGGAUCCACACUGGUUUCCACCGUUUUACGAAAAUCGGUCAGCGAGUUUUCAUAGAUAAAUAAAUUUGUUAUGAAAAAAAUUUUCCAAGUUAAACAAGUUAAUUUUUUAGCAUUUUCGCAAAAAGGGAAGGGGAUACCUCUCACAACGGGGGAUCGUAGGAAUCUUGGGUGCCUUAGGACUCCCUCUCCCCAUUCCUAGCUACCUGCCCCCCUCCCAUGCUGGUACAAAUUGUAUACUAUAUAAAAAUUAUGUAGGUUCAUGAUUCUCUUUUCUGGCAGAAUAUGUGUGAUUACCCUUGCUCCCAGUCAUCCAUUACUAAAAUGUGAGCAAAUUACUGAUGUGAAUUAUCAAGUCAGUGCCAAGGUCAAUCGCCUUGAAAACAAAGUUUCAGGCAAAGGCAAAAAAGGAGCUCAGCAUUUACAGCCAGAAUCAGUAAUCUGUGAAGUCACUUGUUCUACUGGGGCCAAAUACACGCUCUACAGGUAAAACUUAAUUAAAAUUUAUUUCAAAAUUUGCCACUCCCUGACAGUACAAUACAAACUAAGAGUUUUAAAGCAAAGAAAAUAAAGAUUAGCAAUGAGUGGUGAAGAAACCUAAGUGAAACCACCGGGCUACCUGUUGAGGAAAUAGCCAAAUUUCUGACUAAAAUUGAACGGAUGAACGCAAGAAAACACAAAAAAUAUGGCUUGAUGGAUGUCUUCCACUUUUUGAAGUGUAUCGAUAUCUUCUGGGAAAAAAAUCUGUUUAUAUCCUGAAACCGUGCUUGGAACAUGUAGACAAUAUAUAUGUUUUGAAGAAAGUCUAUGUCGAGGUAAGAAAACUUAGAAAUAUUUUUAAAUAAUAAUGAAACAGUCUUUUCGUCAUACUAAUUAGCCUCAUUUUUAAUUAUUAUCAUUAUUGUGGAAGGUAAAAUAUGCCUCCUGUUGAGUUGAUUGUAAUAUGGAGACAAUUUUUUCGCAGAUGCUAAGUGGGGGUGAAUAUCUUUUUAGUGGAUGCAAAAAGCAAAUUGAUUUUUUGAUUUACAUGAAAGGAAAGAAAAUUACUGCUACUCUUUUUCUUGAAGAAAGAAAGACAAUUAUUGUUUUUCAUGCAUCACUUGCGUACCCUGUGAGUAGAGGCUACAUUUUUGCUGUGUGAGCUGUCGGGCAAAAAGUAGCCUCUGCUGAGAACUGUUCAAUUUUCUAUUGUGCAUGCACGAAAUUUGUCAUGCAAUGCGCAAGCAAAAUUAAUCAUCAGGUCUGUUGUCAAAUGGCGGGAGUUUCACAGGAAUAAAAAAAAAAUUGCGACAACUCUGAUCUGCUACACAAGACUCAUGCAAGACUUGUGCAAUGCUCUAAACCGGUCAAGAACAGGAAAAACCCCAGGUUUUUUUAAUUUAUUCGUCCAGAUUUCUGGAUGGAUUUGAAUGGUUGUCAGCAGAGGCUACUUUUCGCACGACAGCUCACACAGCAAAAAUGUAGCCUCUGCUCCCAGGGUACUUGCAGUCAUUCUCCUUGCUCAAAAGCAAUAGUGCAUAAAAGUAAAAUAUUAAGUACAAUGUAAUAUUUACACAGUAACAUUCUUAUAAAGAAAUGAAUGAUUCUGUUUUCCGUUUAUGUUUACUGCAGCUGCGUCAAAGGAAAGCUGGUUGAAGUAAACGAGGAGCUGGUCUCCAAUCCAAACCUUAUGCUGGAAAAGGUUUGUCACCUGUAUUUUGUUAUGAUUUAGUAAAAUGAAUGAUAGAAACUUCUAAGCCCAAAGUUGUUCUGUAGGUAAUAAAAAUAUCAAUGGCUCAUGAAUGAUGGCUGAAAUAGAGAUUCUGCUAACAUAUUCAGUGAUUCAAUGGGAUUCAAACCCGUGACCCCUGCUUUGGCACUGCAGCACUCUACCAACUGAGCUAUGAAGACCCAGACCAGUUUGUUCAGUUGAUCUUAACCCAUGAAAGAAAUGAAACAAAGAAUGAAGAUGAUGUGAACUGUAGAAGUACAAAUCUAAUAUAUUAUUUUUUGAAUUUUAUUUCUAACUUAAAUUGUAAUUCAUUACAACUGCAAUAAAAUUUAUUGUCGUAACUUCAUUUAAAUAAAUGAUUUUGUUAACCUGGUUAGACUUUUAAAACCACCUCAGUAAGUAGUUCAGAGUUACCGUAAUAAUGACAAAAUUGAUUACAAUUUUUUAUUUUAUUUUUGCAGCCAGAAACAGAAGGAUUCCUAGCCGUUGUUCUUCCAAAACUCACUGAAAAUAUCCUUGAUGGACUGUUAACAAAAGAAGAAUAUGAGAAACUCCUAGAAGACAGAAAAGCACUCAAUGGUACAUAA